AUGUUUGCAAAUACUGUCAAGUCUGACGGAUUUUCAGUUGAUUUUGUAUUCAACAAAAGAACAACAAAAGAUGCCACUUUAAUAGCAAACAUUGAUUUAGAGCUUGAAGAUUUUGGCUUGGAAGAGGUAAAGCAAGCCUGCCAGCCCAUGUUUCUAGAUCCUGGAAGAAAAAGCGUGUUCACUGCUGCAAUUGGUUUAGAUACAACCAACCAUCAAAUAAGACGCUGCUCAACAGCAGAGUAUUACCACAGGACCGGAUCAACAAAGUACAUUAAAAAGCUAGAAAGGCUUAAGGCUCAAAAGGGCAUAAAAACAAUUGAGACCAAUAUGCCCUCUCCUAAAACAUCACAAUGCGCUGCUUACCUCCUCUAUAUUGAAUACGUUCUUACCCAUGUUGGUGUCUUAUUCACAUUUUAUGAUUACAAAAUAGCAAAAGGUCGUUUUUACUUGUAUCAAGGCAGACAAAGAGCGGCAGAAGAAAUGGAAGAAAAAAAGAAGCAAGAAGAGGCAAAAACAGACGGCAAAUCCAAAAGAAAAAGAGAAUCAAAUUACCAAAAACAGAAGCCAAAAGUGGAAGCCCGCAAAGUUCCAAACGGAAAGAGAGAAAGUGCCCCUUGUAGUCUUUGGUGCGGGAAUGUUUGGCAAAGACUCGAUAAAGCUGAAGAGAAACAGGUGUGGCGCCAGUGGUGUUUUUCGGCGAGCGCUAAAAAGGAGACAGCUGGAGAUCUCAUCGCCGUUACAAUUGAUGAAUACAAGACUUCCAAAGUUUGCAAUGCGUGUAAUAAUGAUUCCCUCACAAGUAUGCCCGGCUUGAAAGGCUGUAGUGUUCAGGUCUGCAGUAUCUGCAAGGCGCUAUGGCAACGAGAUAUCAACGCGUGCAAAAAUAUGGUGUCCAUUUCCCUUUCGAUUUGGGAUGGAAGAGGUCGACCUUUCCAGCAUAGCAGAAAUUAA